UAAACUGCGCAGACACCUACCCGCUGUGCCCAACUCGCGCGCAACAGAGCCCGAUCUAACAGGACACCAGACGGCCGGCUCCUUCCCACGGCCGGCAGCCCCCCACAGCUGGUAGCAUAUGGGCGACCGCAGUCGCCUCCACGAUUCCCCUCAUGGGCCCAUUAUGAUAUCCAUGCAGCGUUCCAUCUCAUCGCCCGUCACCAUUCACCCGUCGCCGCCCCGGUCGGCUCCCGCCUCCACCACCUCGAGAUCGCCGACUCCCUCCCCGUCCGACAAUCAUGUUGAGGUUUCACGCUCACGGCGCUUGCGGUCGCGGAGCCCACCUCGCGCAUCCGGGGACGCCAUGAGCGUCCUCGGACGUCGCAUUGACGACCAGUCCAGACGUCCCUCUGUCUUACAUAUUCCCAGUUCCAUGUCGAGUCGCAGCAGGCCGAUAAUUGACCAAGUGAGCACUCCGCCGCCAGCGCCAGCUCCAAACGAUUCUUCCGACAGUUUAGAGACUACCGGAUUCCCACCAUCUUCCUCGGACGGCAAUCAUGGAAAUAUGAAGUUCUUGCGUCCACUGCUAACCGAUGUGUCACUGUACACAAACCCGAACUUCGGCCCGGAGAAUGAUGGGACAAGCCUGGAAGAGCUUGCGCACCUUGUGCGCCUGUCCAAGUACCAAGAGCGCAAGCGCGCAAACACUAGGAUCCGCCUCCAGAGGAGUUUGGUAUCAACCGCUCUAUCCGCCCGGCUGAUGAGAUGCGGAGAGAUGGCCCAUCGCAGUUUGGUUGAGGGCUUCCGUGGAGAUGACAAGAAGACCUUUGCCGCCUUGUACAACGCCGUCAUCGAUGUUCGGCGAAGCUGCGACGAGACCCGCCGUUACGCACUCCUAGAGCCAGAGAUGGAACUCUUGCAGCCGCCCGGCCUGACCUCGUCCGAGGGUCUGGAUACCCCUACCGGAUCUGUCACCGGCGCCGGCCACUCCCCGAGUGCUGGGACGCCGUUUUUGAAUGAGAUAUCUGCUUCAGCCAGGGAAACAUUUCUGAGCUUUCUCAGUCAGAUUAGGACUAACCCUGACUAUCUGGCCACACGAAUCACAUCUCUAAAGCAAUCGGAGCUUGCUGCACUCACUAGCUUUCACCAGACGCUCGAACCCAUCGAAUCCGUUCUUCCUUACCACACCAGCCGGUCCUCGAGCCGCGCGCCUUCGGGUGCUUCUAAUCCCAUGACUGGCUCGGCAUUCGGCGGGUCCAGUGCCACCGGGGGAGCAGGCAAGGAACGCAGCGCGAUUGAACGCCUCCUCUCUUUUCAGCGCCAUGAUCCCAUCUCGGCCUUGAUCUACACCUGCUUCGCUAACUCUGCAGGGCCCGACAGCGCCGAGGACAAGCGCCGGACCGUGACCUGGGCCAAUGCCCUCGCCCGCCUGGUCCUCCACCCGGUAACCGGCAACGAACAGACCAUCAUCUCGGUUCUCAAUGUUUGGGUUUCCAUGCGUGACUGGGCCGGAAAAUCCAACAUGGAAUGGUACCUCAUGAAGAUCCUUGAGGAUGGAGCCUUCUUGCUUGAUCGUGCCGAGGACGAACACGGGACCCGCUUCGACCAGAUUUCCAAGUGGUCAUCCAAGGACCAAAUCGCAUCCGAGGAAUUCUUCACCAGGGCUGUCGAUGAGCUGUUUGAAGUUCUCGACGAUGAAGACGCCACGGGCAUUCCGGAAGGCCUUAUUGAGCUUGGAAAUGAAAUGCUGAAACGCCUGAACAAGCAUGUUGAGGCCACGCGUCGUUGGCUGGUUUACAAGUACAUGUUCACAGUUUGGCUGCUUGGAGUUGUCAUCCACCCGGAGGCCUACGGCAUGAUGGCCGAGUACCACAUCACUGAAUAUGGCCGCCAGAAGAUAUUGAAGACAGUCGCCACCACCGCUCAGAAGUACGCGGUUGACAUGUUCCACAGCACGACUCCAGUAUCAAUUCCGCCAAAGAUCAGAGGCCACCUGGACAACAUCUACGGCCGCUUCAAGGACUCGUCCAAAUAUCCCAAGAAGCCCCGUCUACUUCCAGCCCGGUCCAUUACCUCUCUGAGAGAGACAGCCGAGGUCCAUCCCUACCUUGUUAUCAGCCCAGCGGACCUUGCUACCAUGGUCAACGCCCUCUUCCCUGAACGCCGUCCGCAGUCGUCGCACUCAAGCGGUCUUCGGUCUGGCGCGCCUUCCGUCUCCGGAUUCUCUUCCAUUUCCCAACCGAUGUCCAUUAGGACGGCGCCGAGCAGUUUCGAUACAAUGUCGGUUCUCAGCACGAGUGCGGAGUCCUCGUUCAGUGAUGCCACCACGUCCAGGGAACCUCUUAUGGAGGAAGGCAGCCCACGUCGCCAUUCCCCACCCUCUCAGGAGCCACCGAAGCCGGAGAAUUAUGAAGAAGACGGGUACAGGCUACGCCUUGCAAUGCAUGAAAUGACACAGAUUCUUGGACAGGACGUCGUGCACGGCUUGUGCCACCCAUGCGCUGAAAGAUGGACAGUGCUGUUCAUCUCACCUGAUGGGAACAGGCUGUCGACCCAGAUGACAUUCGAUCCUGAUGAUGAUGUCGAGGACGAGGAUAGCUCUUCGAACACUAGUGAUACUGAGGGGGAGGAAACGGAUGACGGACGUCCGGAGCUCAACAAGGACUACCACCAGCUCCGCGAUGCUAUUCUCAAGCUGGUACAGGAUUACGAAAUCCCUCAGAGCUUGGAAAGCGACAGUACCAAGCAGCAAACGUUCAGCAACCGUGCAUCAACCCUGAAGAAGUAUCGAUCCAAGAACCGCAUCAUCACUACGAUGGGGAGUCGGAAUCCGUACCGGCAGAGGGCUGCAAGUAUCGCGAGCAGCAUCGCCGAUAGCCCUCCAAAGAGUUCCAAAGGGAAAGAAACAGACCAGACGGACAAUCCAUCUCCGCUCAUCACAAUGUUGACUGCAGCCUGUUCACAGUCUCGCGCUCAGUCCGAUUUCGUGUCGGCACACCUUUACUGGCGGACUUUGCAGCAGCUCAAUGCAUUGACAUCCGAAUCACUGCGCCAUGAUGGGUUUGCCGCACUGCUCAAUAUCUUUUCUCGCGGGCCGCGGGACUCGAUCCGACGGUCUGCCGCUGCGAUAGAAGAAUACGAUGCCUGGCUGGUCUGGCUAAAGCAGAGCCAAGAGAGGGCAGAAGGCUUGAUCGAGAGCAUGAUGCGUCGCCUGCGAGCCCUUCGUGACAAGAUGUGGUAUGUUACCGAUGUCCGCAACUCGGCUCCAUACGAGGAUUCGCGCAACGUCGCCAAUGCGCUGAAGACGAUGGGUGCGCCCCGGCGUUGGGAAUCCUUCCAGCGCAGCAGCAGGCUCAUGCAAAGGGGCCCUGCACAGAAUUACAUUUUUAGGACCGAAUCCCAAGUUCUCGAGCUGCUGGCGGCGCCCGAGGAACAAGGCGGCCCCAACAAACUUCGCGACGAACAAGCAGAGAAAACCGCGCGCUGGCUGCAGCGAAACGGGGUGGAGAAUUUCUGCGCAGGUGAGGAGCGCAUACACCGCUUCUGUUGCGAAGUGGACAACUGUGUCAGCAAACUCGUCGGCGAUAGCAUCAUUGACGGACCUGUGCUGUGGUCGAGCGAGCUCUUUGCCCGAGAGCGCCGCGCUUUUGAGACGAACAAAAGCUCUGCCCGAGACCGAGAUCGAGACGCCCAGUCGUCGGUCUGGGAUGAUUCAAUCAGCGUUAUUAGUGAUCCGGACCGCAGGUUCGUGUCAGUCAACCGCCCGGGUUCCGUCAAUGGCCGGGACCUGCGGGCCGUUUCCGGCCACAACAUGAGUCAGAUGUCCUUUGAUUCCAGGAGCUUCAGCUUCUCCCGGGCCAGCACGGCAAUGUCAGAGAUCCUCGAUGGACAAGAAUACUUCGGCGCAUCGUCUCCAGUUCACCAGAUCGAUCCAAAUGCGACCUUUUGGUCACCGUUCCAACACCGGGCUACAUCUCCCAGUGCUACAUCCCGAGCGCAUUCGCCGACGACGAGUCUGACGAACCUUUCAGGCUCGUUCCAUCCGCCGCAUCACCAGCAGCUCCCGUCGCAGUCUUCUCAGUCAACCGCCCGCUCCGGCGCAUCCGUCUCGUCCAACGAGACGGCGUACCAGCAACGGGCAUCCGAGGAAAAGUCCCGCUUCCUCACGGACCUGAGGCAGACCCUGACUAGCCUUCUCCUCUCCGACUUAGGCAACCUCGUUUUCGCCCGCGGAUCAGAAACGGACGCGUGGUUCGAGGGACUAGGUCAAGAGUGCAUCGACCGUCGAGAGGCAAUCCAUCGCCGUGCGCGUAAAGCGCUGGCGAGGGAAAAGCGGCAUUCUGCCAAGUCCGGGCUGAAGCAGCGAUUUCUCGAGAAGAAGAGAAGCUUUGGCGACCUGCGGGGAGCUGUCGGCAAUGACGCACUGAGCGACAAGGCGCUUUCCGACAAUCAAAGUCUCGGGGCGGAAGGAGCGGGCAGCAGCCAGCGUGGCAGCCAGCGUGGCAGCCAGCGUGGCAGUCAGCGCGGCAGUGUCCACGGAGGCAGCGUCCAUGGCAAUGAGAGUUCGGCGACGAGCGACACCAUAUCUGCCCGGAGACAAAACAAGGAGUCGAGGAAAGAAUCGAUGCCGGACUUCCCGUUUACGAAGGCCUAUCAGCGGCUUCUGAAGAUGUUUUGCGUUCAUCCGAACCCUUAUGUUAAACUUAACGCACUUUGUGAACUCGAGCACCUCAUUAUUGCGUCUCUGAAUUCGGGAUCUCGGCGAGGUCGGUUGGCCUGGGCGCGCUCCGAGCUGGGCUCGGCGUCCUCCGCCACUGAGGAGCAUGGAACCGGCGUCGGCGGUGUCCGGUCUCAACCACUAGAGGAAACAAUUGACAAUAUCAGGGAGCGUCGCUCACACACCCUAAUGCAGGUACCCAACUUCGGUGCGGACGGUCCUGUCCAAAGAGGACGAGCGUCGGGCGGGGGAGGAAACGCAGAAACCCGCACCAUCGUUUCCGCAUACCCCCCCAACACUGACGCUGUCACCAACAUCUUGCAGACGCUCUUCCGCGAUUCGUCUCUAAGGCCCAAAACCUUAUUCCGUGACCUGCAGUUUAUCUCGGCAUUCGUGUCUCCAAACACUCUAGACAAACCGGAACGAGGCAAGGCCUUUUGGGACGCCGGGCUCGCCGCGCUCAGGCUAAAGCAAGAGGUAUGCAGCACAAUGGUCGAGGUGGCCGACGAGAUCGUCAAGAACUACACCCAAUCGCGCAACGGAAUCACCAAUCGCCCCGGGACGGGCCCCGGCAGCACCGCCUCCGACUCGGCAGCCACCCCAACCACCGACCGACCUUCCUCUCCGCCACCCUCCCCUCCGUCCCCGCUACCGCUAUCAACUCAUUCCCUUGCGGACGCAGCUCGCAUGUGGACCAUCACAGCGAAGGAGGGCGACCCCACCGCCCAGCGCGAGUUGGCCAUCUUUUACUUGUCAAACCCGGAGCUGGUACAGCGGACGACCCUCCCACUCUCCAAGCCCCGCGAGGUCUUCAAGCAAACAGUCAUGGAGAUGUAUGGUGGGAGGUCGUCUGGAGCGAGCGGCUCCGGAUUGGGCAGGCAUCAUCACGCACACCAGGGUGCUGUGCAGGGCAGGUCGCAGGGAAACCAAGCAGCUGGGGUUGGUGGGCUGGGCCAAGGGAGCGGAGGUGGCGGCGGAAGUGGUGUUGGUGGUGGCAGCGGAGCCGGAGCAGGAAACCAGGAUGGUGGUGUCGGCGCUGGGCUGGGAGGGGUCGGGGAUGUGAGGAGCGAUCCGGCGCUGAUGUGCGUCGCUAUUCACUGGAUGGAGGCGGCGGAGCGCGGGGGGGACGAGCUUGCCAGGACGUUCAUGGCGCAGAACGAGAUUGGUGCUGGGUUGAUGGGGUGAAGCAACGUGGAGAAGUGGUUGGGUGAUGCUGUUGGGUACAUGCGCGUGUGGAAUUGUUGUGUUUUGUGAUACCUUCUUGCAUUUCAUUGCUUUGAUACCUGUUUAUGCUAGAUCAAUCCUCACUGCCUAGGUCGGUUGCAGGACAGCUCGUGUUUUGCAUUCUCCCUCACUCGCUUGUUGGAAAUCCAUGGUCAUGUCGUCUAUACAUCGGUUCUGUAUCCACUCUGCAUCAGCAGGAGUUAAUUCCAGCAGGAGUUGUUUCGGCGUAGGGGUCAACGGGUAUCACAUCUAGACAUUGAACCCGCCAACUGGGCUACCCGCUGUUCGCCUCGGUAUCCAUGAUUCCAUACACCUAACCUACCUUAAGGUAGAAAAGGGUAUUUGGCUGGGUAUAGCUAGACGUUGGUAAGGCCGCUGUGUCGCACAAAUACCAAUGUUAUUUCCGUCUUGAUUCGUCGGUCAGUUGGCGG